GCACAUUGCUCUGGUCACACUGGCCCCACGAACAAAAAAAAGGCAGCAGGAAAAUCGAACAACUUUCUUUUUCCCCUGCAUAUUGUGUGUGUGCAUGCAAAAACACAAAGUGCGCAGAAUAGCUUAAUUCAGCUGACCGAUUCGACUCGAACGUGGAUUAAUUGGCCAGCGGCACCGACGCCUCGCCCUCCGUCAGUCGCCUCCACAAAAAAAAGAUUGCCAAAAACACCUACGCGCAGGCAAUUAAGACCGUGUGAAAUUGUGUGCGUGUGCUCGCGAGUGUGUGUGUGUGUGUGUAGUGCUGCUGGGCAGUAAACAUUUUCUGGUGAAAAUCGGGGGAAAAUGAAGAAAAUCCUGUCCAAGUUCGAGCGCAAUGAGAACUCGCGACUGGAGAAUCCACCCAACAGCAGCAGCUCGUCGUCCUCGAACGAGAAGAACAGCUUUGUGGGCAAGGUCUUUACAGUGGGACGCGUCACGGUCACCGUGGAGGAUGUCCUGGCAGAAGGUGGUUUCGCCAUGGUCUUUUUGGCCAGGGGCAACGGCGGAGGCAGUGCCUCGGCAACCAAGUACGCCCUGAAGCGAAUGUACGUCAACAAUGAGCACGAUCUGAAUGUGGCCAAGCGCGAGAUACAGAUUGCGAGCAACCUGAGCGGGCACAAGAACAUCAUCGGCUACGUGGACUCGAGCAUCACGCCCACCGGGAACGGGGUGUGCGAGGUGCUCCUCCUGAUGCCCUACUGUAAGCAUCACAUGCUAGCCAUGAUGAAUGCAAGAUUACACGUAGGCUUCACGGAGCCCGAGGUGCUUAACAUCUUCUGUGAUAUUGCCGAGGCGGUCUCCCGUUUGCACUACUGUCAGACCCCGAUCAUCCACCGUGAUCUGAAAGUGGAGAACAUCCUGCAGACGGAUGCGGGCAACUUCGUGCUCUGCGACUUUGGAUCGGCCACGGCCAAGACGCUAAAUCCUCAGCAGCACGGAGUCACUGUGGUGCAGGAGGAAAUCCAGAAGUACACCACUCUGUCCUAUCGUGCCCCCGAAAUGAUCGACCUGUACGGAGGAAAGAGCAUCACCACCAAGGCGGACAUCUGGGCAUUGGGUUGCAUGCUCUACAAGCUGUGCUUCUUUUCCUUGCCCUUUGGGGAGAGCACACUGGCCAUCCAGAAUGGGCAGUUCUCCAUUCCAGACUCCUCGAAGUACUCGAAGGGCAUGCACCAGCUGAUUAAGUAUAUGUUGGAUACGGAUCUGGAGAAGAGGCCAAACAUUUGGCAAGUCUGCGAAGUGGCCUUUCGACUUGCUGGCAAGGAAAACCCCGUACAAAAUCUACAUAAAACUCCCAUUCCAAACUUCGAACUGCUGGUGGUGCCUCCAUUUGAGUCGGAGGCGAAGAGGAUUAGUGCUGCAGCCUCCAAGGCAGCCAAGGCCCAAAACGUGUCGGUUGUGGAGGCGGGCACCAGCGUUGCUCCUCGUUCUCGGCCCAAGGGUUCCUCUGCGGUGCAUGGAGGAAAUCCCUUGGGUCUCGGUUUGCCGCCCAGUCCCUCUCCCAGGCAGAAUAUCACCUCUCCACAGCCUCAGCCGCAGCCUGUGGUCGAGCAGUUUCAGGCCAACUUUCCAGCUAUGCCGCCGGGUCCACCGCCUCAAGCGGUUACUCCGGCAGCUCCUGCUGCCAGUAAUCUCUUCGAGACGAGUGGCUAUCCAGAUCCCUUCAAUGAGCCAGCCGCGGCUGCAAUUCCAGCUGAAUUUAUACCAGCAGCAGAAGAGCCCAAUAAGGAGGAAGUGCCUCAGGAUUUGAAUGCCACAGACGGCACGCCCACGAAGAAUAUGCUAACGCCUCCGAAACCCAGCGGAGGUGGUGGUCAUAGGCGAAACGUCAGCGAUACAUCGGCCUUUAAUAAAACGUUUGCCAAUGAGACAAGUCAGUUUCUGGCCCCGUUUAACAAUAACUUGGCUGCAAUGGGCGAUGGUCCCCAGACUUUGGCCAGUGCUGCAUCAAAUCCCGGGAUAUAUGCCUCUGCAAAUGCGAACUCUGCCGCGGUAUCCAUUAGCGAGUUAUUGAAGUCAGGACAAACGGCGGUGGAGAAGCGUGUUGAGGCUUGGAAUCCAUUCGAGGAGGAGCAGCCCUUUAGCCAGAUGACCGAGGAUCAUAUAUUCGAGGCGGAGUUCGACAAGAUCCGCCAAAGAGGAAGUCAAGGAAGCAUUACAGCCAAAUCGGCUUCCACAACAUCCACGCUAACGCCCACGGAGCAGAAUCCCUCAGCGGUUGUGGCUCCCAUUGCAGCUGUUCCUCCACCUGCUCCAGGUGCAGUGCCUCCUCCUGCUGCAAUUACGGCCGCAGUGUCGCCUCAUCCACCGCAGCUUUCGGAGGAUCCAUUCGGAUCGGCGCCAUUCAGUUUGCCACCCGGACUGCGCGAGAAGGCGAGCUCGCUGCGCAAAACCGGAGCGAAAUUCAUUGGCGUCUCCUCCGGCGGAGCAGGAGGUGGAGUGGCCACGCCCAUCGGCCUGGUAACAGGAGGAGCCAACACCGCCACCUCAUCCAAUUCAUCCAAGUGGCUGCUCUCACCCACAUUGGAGGUUUCUAGCGAGGAGAAGACCUCGCUCAUCAGCAAACUCAAAACCGAUUCGGAAUGCGGAAUGCCCGGCGGUGUUGGAGGGGCAGUAGAAGGUGUCUCCGGCUAUGUUAAGCUCCCACUGGAAGAUCGCAACAAGUACGAGAAGCUUCGCAGCAAGGAUCAGCCCACAACCGAUGACUCCGAUUCUGAGGGUUCCGAGUUCUUUCAACAAGAUAGCGAUGAAGGCGGUGGCGGCAUCUUCAAGCAGAUGCAGCUGGUGACUAGCAAUUUGCCGGAGACCAUCCAUAAGAUCCAACAAGUGGCCUAUCACAAGGUGGAUAAGACAGCCCAUUUGCCCAUAGUGAAGAAACUUCGCGACAAGACCAAGAAACCCACAUCGGCUGCCCACCAGGCCGCGCAGCAACUGAAUCUCAUGGCGGCUGCAGUGGCUGCACAGGCAGAAGAAGCUGCCAAGGCGGCCGAAUCGGAUGGCGAUUCCAUAGGAUCUGCCAGUGAUCUGCGGGCAGAGGAUGAUGACCUCUUCGACGAGAAUCCUCGCCAGACCCAGGCCAAGCUACGUCGUCCCUUGCCAACGGAAAUGGAUGGAAUCAGCGAGUCGGUUAAGACCUGCAGCAGUUCCGCCUAUCAUGCUGAAUGCGAGAGUGUGACCACCCAUGAAGACGAUGUGCGGAGCAGGGUGGUGGUUAAAGUGCGAAUGAGGAAGAAGGACCGUAGCCUGGUAGCUGGCAAUGGAGAUCCAAGUGCGCCGUCCGAAGAACUAAGUCCCACUUCCAGCGAUCUCCUGCACAAGUUCGGCGAUCGUCCGUUGCUGCUGGAUGAUGAAUUGGAUUAUGGUUCUGGGGAGAGCAAGAGCAGCACCGAAUCUCCCCUGGCGGCACCGCUACCGACGAAUCCCGAGAUACUUGAAUCGGAGGAGGAUGUGUUUGCCCUGGCUCCCUUUAAGUUACCCGUGGGUAUUCCUUUAAAAAGGAAGAGCAAGCCCAAGACGAAGCCCAAACCCUCUGAGCCUGAGAUGUGGACCUCUACACCAGUUAAAUCCGCCGGUGCUGGUGAUCCCUCGACGAACUUUGCCAGCUUUCCAGCGCAGCUCACGCCAACAAACCAAGUGGGAAGUUCCCCGCAGCUAGACGAGUUCAACGAACCCAUUUUUAAUCCCUUCCAGGAGAACGCACAGAAGUCAGAGCCGGUAGAAAGUAACCAAUGCGAUCUGUUCGGCUUGGAGCCAUUUCCACAGGUAAUUCGAACCAUCGAACAGAACCCACAGCACCACCAGAUCCACCAAUUUCCCAGCCACAACAACAACAACAAUGUGAUCAAAGUGCCCGCCUCCGUGUCUGUGUCUCUUCCUGCCUCCGUUCCCGUGUCCGUUUCUGUCAAUGCGUCUGCCCCACAACUGGUGACCAUAAAUCACUCGAUUAUAAUCAACAAAACGCCAGAGCCAUUGAUGAUCUAUAAUAACAAUAACAAUAACCAGUCGGUUAAGUCGAGUGGCACCAGCAGUGUGUAUGUGAAUGUGCCGUCUUACUCCAGCAUGAGCACCAGUUCCUGCUCCAUUAACCAGCCACAAUCCUCACCAGCAGCUGUGAUCCCAGUUCCGGCACCUGUUCCAGUUCCUGCCCCCGUUUCUGUUGCAGUCUCUGCACCGAUUCCCGCGUCUGUUACCCAUCUUCGUCCAUUGCUGCCCAUUGCCGAUAAUGCUUAUGUGCAAAUCUCCCAAGAUCGCUGCUCCGAUUUCACACCGGACGACGAGGAGGAGCCCGUGGUGCUGCGUGAUGCCGAUGUGGUGGCAGACGGGAUCGGUAUACCUGCCCCUGGAAAGGUCAAGAAGGAGAAGUCCCAUCUGGCUGUAAGGGUUCUGCCGGGAAAGCUCACCCAAAAGGUGAAGGGCGCCUCGUACAAAAAAGUAAGCGCUGCCGCCCUGGGAUCAACCAGUUCCCUGAGUUCCGGCAGCAAGCAGAAACACCAGAGAUUGCAGUACCAGUCCCACGAUGAUGACGAUGACGAGCCGGAUCAGGAUGAGAAUCGAGGAGCGGGUGGCAGUCGCAAUUUCCAGUCGAAUACCAUACAAAGUUCAGCUAAAACGGGCUUCAGCAACAUGAGCUUUGAGGACUUUCCAUCGGAUCAGGAAAUGGAUCGCUUGUCCAGGACAAUACCCUUUGAAGUGGUUAGGAACGAAAAGAUGCUGCUCGAGGCAGAGAAGAAAUUCGGCUCCCUCAAAAGGCGCAACAACCUGUUCUCGUAAAUGGAAACUAGGGCCAAAACUAUCAAGGAGACCUGAGACUGAGUGUUUCAAACUAUUUUGGCAUUUCGUUUAAGCUUUUCUCCGUUCCGUUUUUAGUGUCGUUCCAAUAACAAAUAUCUGUAUUUUUUGAGCCUAGUAUUUAUUCGCGUGUAGCAAUGUUGAAAAGUGGUUAAUAUUAUAACUACACAUAUUAUACACAGAACAAGAACAAUACCUAUAACUGUUAUUUAGUGCAACAAUGUAAAAUAGUUUUUAGAAGUGAAAGAUGUUUUAGAAUUUAUACAAUGCGUAAGUUUACCAAAGUUACAUUUAUGUUCGUGGCAUUUUUCAGCUUGAAAUAUUCCCUGGAUUAUUUAUUUAUACAAAACUAUGUAAUUAUACACCCAAUAACAACCCCAAAAACAAUUUAUUGCUUAAACCAAUUGCAUUCACUAACACCAAGGUAUUUAGGAAUUAAUUAUUCUAUCCGUAUCGAUUAACAUACUCGUCUAUGUUAGCACACCAUUUGUUUUGCAUAUGUAUUAUCUCGAUUAUAUAAAAUAUGCCUAUUGUAUUUAUAUAUUUUAAA